UUUUAGGUAGUUUUUCAUGCACUUUCUCAUUUUUUUUGCCAUAGGUGUGGCUUUUAAAGUUUUACCUGUUUAAUCUUUUUUGGAAACCCUGAUACACGAAGAACUCCUGUAGCAGGAGCAGCUCCUAACGUGCCGACAAUUCAGUUAUUUCUGUCGCAAAGGCUUCUUUUUAUCUCAGUUUCCAGAAUGGUGCGCACCAGGGCUAAGAAAGGCGCAGCUGCGUCUCGACAGAAGGAAAAUGUGAACACCGAUGACACAACAGAACAGUCAGAAGAACUGUGGAAAUCAUGGUUGUUGGAUUUUGAACAAGAAUUGAAUGGACGUUUUUACAAAUUAAAUGAGAAGUUACAAGAAGAGACAAGAGCCAUUGAUCGUAAUUUACUAGUGAUGCUAGCGAAAGUGCCUGCAAAUGAAGCAAAUCUUCAAGUUUCGCGUCUUGCAACUGUUCUUGGCGAGUCAACUGAUUCUAUUGACUCUUUUGAUUCAACUCUUACAUCGACCAUCAAAAAACCUGGAAAAGGAUUUGUUACAAGCACAGCCUUCAAGGCAAUGCCUCCACCCCAAGACCCUGAACCUAAGAUAGUCAGGAAGUCUAGAGCUAGGACUAAACGCACUAGAACAUCCUCUCUCACUGAUGUUUCAUCGCUGCUACCAGAAAUUGGAUCAAAUCGGCGGAUGACUCGCAGUUCCUCACAGCCAAGAGACAACUUUUCCAAAAUUAUUCCAGAUUACCAGACUCCAAUGAACAGACCUGAUAGAACAAUGGUGGCUGUUACACCUAAAGUGGACCCUUACUCUGCCAUGCCCCUGAAGCGUUAUGCCCGGCAGGGAGAAAUGGCCAUAUCACUCACUGGAAGUCCAUUGAUGAUGACCACUAGCAUCACAGAACCAAACAUCAGUCUCCCUUUGAACAAUGGACAGGAGGUCUAUUCCAUUCUGCCAACCAAUGGUCCGUGUCCAGUGAUUCCAUCAAUUGACAAUUCAACAAGACAGAAGUUACAUCUCCUUCGUGAGAACUUAAACAGGAUUUUGGGAGAAUGAUAUCCAUAAAUUUUAACAUUUGCCCUCAAGACUUGUUCAUUCUGCAAGGAUAAUUUCUAUGAAAAAUAACCCUUUUAUGUCAUGAGAUAGGCAGUUUUUUGUAAUGUGAAACAUUUAUCAUCUAUUUUAUAGUAUAUAAGUCACCAACUGAUGAACAGCAUGUGCCUCUUUAAUUUGGAUUGAUAAUUUAAUAAUUAAAUAUGCUGUCUAAAGUUUCUCAGUAUUUUGUGUACAUAAACAUCAAUAAAUUUACAGAACAAUCAUU